AUGCUGGAAUUCCUGAGCAAGAUUGACUUGGACCGACAGAAUAACGAGGGAUCAUCGGCUGUUCAUCCCGAUAUACCACUCAUAAACUUCAAAUGUCCCGUCAACGCUGGUGCCAAGUUGGAAAUUCAGGACACCGUCGCAGGAGACACGCCUUUGGCAAAUGCCGCGUACAAUAAUCAGUUAGAAUACGCGGAGUAUCUUUUGAAACUUGGCGCCGAUAUCAAUAUAGUCUCUCCAUGCUACUGCGCGCCUCUUCAUCAAGCGCAUCUGACAUGUAGCUUGAGUAUGAUGAAGUUGCUCAUCAAGCACUGGGCCGAUCCAAACUGCCCUUGCGAGGAUGCUGUUACGGGCGCCCCUCUACAGGCUGAACUAACGGCACACGACGCUAAGAAUUCUCGUGUUGACGAGAUAGUUGACUAUCUGAUUGCAAAGGGCGCAGACGUGACGGCCGAGGGUGGGUUGUUUCGUUUUCCAAUCAACGCCGCGGCAUUCCAGGGGACACCGACUCUGACCAGUCGUCUUGUCAACAACGGAGCAACUAUAGACGUCAUGGACCAGACAAUUGUCUAUUUGGGCGGUGACAUCAACAGCUGGGACGAAAUGGGUCGAACGGCGGCCCAUUGGGCAUCACAACCAGGUCGUUCACAGGUCGUCGAGAUGAUCAUGAAGUCAACAGCGGAAAGGCAAUUCGUCAAUAUACCAGACAUAGAUGGUUGGACACCGGUGUUCUGGGCCGCGCGUGGAACUGGCUCCCUGCUGGACAAAGUUGUGGCAGGUGAGCCGCAAGAUCAGACCAAGCUUAUAAAACUCUUGCUUCAGAGAGGAGCUGACCGCCCUAUUCUGCUGUCGGCUACUGGACGUAAAUAG